AUGCAUCCGUUUACCAAGUUUGAGGUGUCGUUGGAUAAGAAUGUCUCCGGGAGUGCCAGAGGGGCGGAGAGAGUGAGGGCUCGGGUGGGUGGAAGAAUGCGGACCUGGGGAACUGGAGGAGUCUUGGGUCUCUGCCAGAGAGAGGAUCCAGGAGGUGGACGAUACAGAGUUGUAAAGAGGGAAUCCAUACAAGUCCAUGUGCACAAAAUCAUUCUGUGCUCCACCGAAGUCUGGGUGGGUGCCAUGAAAAUAACUGAAAAAGCUGUUUCUGGACCGGCUGACGUGGCUGUUGCUGGAGUGAUUCCUCUUCAUCAGCUCGCCGUUGAGAGGUUACGUAUAUUUCGAUUUGCCCAGAAAACCAGCAGGGAAGAAACUGCUAAACAGGAGACUGCAGUUUCACCAAUUGCCACCAGAGCUCUCUGCUCUCUUUGUCUGAGUGAAAACAAGAUGGCGAGUAGAAGGACUCAUGAAGACCUAAGAUUUAAUUGCCUGAAUGACGAGGAAGUAGAUCAAGCCCUCAAUGAGUUGGUUGGAGAUUUGGAUCUAGAUCAGUCAGAUUUUGAAGAUAUAGGAGAUGACGAGCCAGAUAUGAUGCCACAUCCAAGAGGGCCACGAAACAUGGGUCUAAGUCUAGAAGAGUUAUUAGGAGACUGUGAUGAUGAUACGGAUGAAGAUCCGGAUUAUAAUCCAGAUUUAGAAGAUAUCCCUAGUUCAGAUUCCGAAUGUGCGGAUGAAUCAGCUAAACCCAAGCGAAAGCGGGAUACAAAAAAUUAUGGACAAAAUGCUAGUGGCAAAAAAAAGAAGAAAACUGCUACUGUGAAGCCGGCUGAUCCUGGACCAAAGUGGACUGCUAAAUCAUUUAAACCUGAAGAAAUCAAAUUGAUGGAGCCAAGCUACAAGAAAGAAGAAUGUGAUGACUCGUGGGACGAUGAUACAUUUGUUUAUCAGUACUUUGAUGAUGAACUCUUGGAUUUGAUGGUUUUAAAGACAAAUCAAACUUCAAUUCACAUAACAGGUAAAAGCUUAAAAUUGACGUUACAGGAGCUUAAAAUCUGGAUUGGCAUGAACUGUGUGAUGUCAGCCCUAAACUUUCCGCAGAUUAGAAUGUACUGGGAAAAACGAUUCAGGAUCCCUUGUUUAGCCAGUGCAAUGACCCGUGAUAGAUUCUAUGCGAUUCGUACAUCACUGAAGGUUGUUUUUGACAAUGAUUUCUCAGAUGAAGAGAAAAAAACUAACCGUCUUUGGAAAGUAAGGCCAGUACUAGAUAGAGUUCUCCAAGGCUGUAUGAAUCAACCACGGCAAAAAGAGUUGUGCGUUGAUGAAAUGAUGGUGCCAUUUCAAGGUACGUGUGCACUGAAACAGUACGUCCCCAAUAAGCCAAACCCAGUUGGACUUAAAGUGUUUGUUUUGGCAAACCCAAAUGGGGUGAUCUGCGAUUUUAAAAUUUAUCAAGGAAAAAAUACUUUUCCUGAAGAAACAAGCCAAGGAUUUUCUCUUGGGGAAGCAGCAGUGAUGUAUUUAUCUCGCUCAUUAGUUCCUGGCCAUACUUUGUAUUUUGAUCGCUACUUCACUACUACAAAGUUAGCAGAUGCAUUGCUUGACCAAGGUAUUCGAUGUUCUGGUACCAUAAUGAAAAAUAGAGUACCAAAAAAUACAGAUUUGGUCCCAGAUAAGGAAUUUAAGAAAAGUGAAAGGGGUUCCAGUCAAGUGUCUGUACGGGAAGAUGGUAAAAUGGCAGUCACUAAGUGGCUGGAUAACAAGCCAGUAUCUAUGCUGUCAACCAGUGAAAGCAAAGAACCACAACAUCAGGUAAAAAGGUGGAACAAAAAGGAAAAGAAAUAUAUCACUGUUAGUCAACCGGCAGUGAUAAAUUCCUAUAACAAGAAUAUGGGGGGAGUUGACCUGGCGGACAGAAUCAUGUCGUACUGCCCUAACCGCUCCAAAACUAAAAAGUGGACUAUAAGGUGCAUAAUGCACUUUUUUGACCUUGCAAUGUCUAAUGCAUGGCUGCAGAUGAGAGAGUUCAAGAGAAGUCAAAAUGUCCGCCCAAAAGACAUCCCCCAAUUCAGAGCUUUUAAACUGGCAUUUGGUGUACGCCUGAUCGAACAAAACCUUCAGGAUGAUAACGAAAGUUGUGGAUCUGAACUUAAGGAAUGUGACGCUGUCCAUGAUGUCGGGGAUGGAAGAAAGGUAGCAACACCUUCCAUCGAAGUACGAACAAGAGGCGCCAUCCACCUCCCACAAGUAACAACUGGAGUGCAAAAAAGAUGUCGCAGAAAGAACUGUGGAAAGAAAACAUCAGUGUUCUGUAUUAAGUGUAAUGUUUACCUUUGUCUAAUGGGAAACCGAAACUGUUUCUCAUCCUUCCACUCAAAGUAG